UUAUGUUAAAUUUCUUCAUAAUCAAUGUUAGGAUUCCUUCACAUCCAGCUCAGCUCCAAUAACCCAGCACCGUUCUUCCUGAACAAGUGCACCGUGUCUUCUCUGCAUUGAGCUGUUGAGCUUGGAACAUCAGUUCUCAUGGCAGUGUCUCAGACCACUCAGUGGAGGUUGAUUUCUGGGACCUUAGGAGUCAUGUGCCUUUUGUUGAUGGCUACUUUGGGAAUUUUGUUGAAACUUUCACAUAGUAAAAGAGAUAUCGAACCAACGUCCUUUCCAGGACUCAACAUAGAACCCCAGAAAGGCUCUGACUGCUGUUCUUGCCCAGAGAAGUGGGUUGGGUACCGAUGCAACUGCUACUUCAUUUCCGGUGAAGUGAAAACUUGGGAGGGAAGUAGGAGUUUCUGUGUUUCUCAGAAUUCCAGUUUGCUUCAGCUGCAAAACAGAGAUGAACUGGCAUGUACUUAAUUCUGGCUUCCUACAUUUACUUUGAUCGAGAAAAAUAUACUAUCUAAGUAAGCUACACACUUUCAUUCAAUCUUUAAUCAGAUAGUAAAUGGAUAGUUAUUUUUGAACUAAUGACCUAUCAAUUCCAUAUACCUUGAAACUACCAUUGUAAACCCUAUACCAAGUUCUUCAAAGAUUUACAUCAUAGGGAUAAAGAUUAAGAUGGGUGCCAGAUAAAAUAAAGUACAAGAAAUUUUUUAGGGAGAAUUCAAAGAGGAAAUAAUAGGUUAUUAAUUUGGACUUUGCAAUUUUUAGUUCUUUUAAUGAAAUUUAUAAUUUCUCUUGUGCCUGUAUAGCUUUUGUCAUCUUUCUGGGAUAUAAUAGGAAACCAAUAUGGAGAGUAAAAUCAUAAAAA